CUCAGUCUGAGGCAGGGAGAGGCCGAGCAGCACACACACACAAACAGAGCAGCAGAAUAACAUGGAAUAACAUCCAGAGGAUCGCCGGGACUCUGCCGUCAGGGUCAUCGGGUGGCAGGUAGCCGUGAGUUUCUGGACUUGCUGCUCUAAGCCUUCAUCCAGCACCACAGCGUCCAGCUCCAGCACUCCAUCACCAUGGCUGGAGCCUCCGUGAAGGUGGCCGUGAGGGUCCGACCCUUCAACUCCAGAGAAAUUGGGAAAGAGAGCAAGUGCAUCAUACAGAUGUCUGGCAACACCACCACAAUCAUAAACCCGAAACAGCCAAAAGAGAACAAGAGCUUCAACUUUGACUAUUCUUACUGGUCUCACACAACGCCGGAGGAUAUUAACUAUGCCGAUCAGAAACAAGUGUAUAAAGACAUCGGAGAAGAGAUGCUCCUCCAUGCGUUUGAAGGCUACAAUGUCUGCAUCUUCGCCUACGGCCAGACUGGAGCUGGAAAGUCUUACACCAUGAUGGGCAAACAGGAGAAAGACCAGCAGGGCAUCAUUCCUCUGCUCUGUGAAGACCUGUUCACCAAGAUUAACGACAACGGUGACAACAACAUGUCGUACUCAGUGGAGGUCAGCUAUAUGGAGAUCUACUGUGAGCGUGUGCGUGACCUGCUGAACCCCAAAAACAAAGGAAACCUGCGAGUGCGAGAGCAUCCACUAAUGGGGCCCUAUGUGGAAGAUCUGUCCAAGCUGGCCGUCACGUCCUACAAUGACAUCCAGGAUCUGAUGGACUCCGGAAACAAAGCCAGAACCGUGGCAGCUACCAACAUGAACGAGACCAGCAGCCGCUCCCACGCUGUCUUCAACAUCAUCUUCACACAGAAGCGGCAUGACAGUGACACAGACAACACCUCAGAAAAGGUCAGCAAAAUCAGCCUGGUGGACUUGGCAGGCAGUGAAAGAGCUGAUUCAACUGGAGCCAAAGGGACCAGACUGAAGGAAGGAGCUAAUAUUAAUAAAUCCCUGACAACGCUUGGCAAAGUGAUUUCUGCUUUAGCUGAAAUGGACUCUCUACCAAACAAGAACAAGAAGAAGAAGAAGGCAGAGAGCUUUAUACCCUACAGAGACUCUGUACUGACCUGGCUGCUUAGGGAGAAUCUUGGUGGGAAUUCACGCACUGCCAUGGUAGCAGCUCUCAGUCCUGCGGAUAUCAACUACGACGAGACCCUCAGCACCCUCAGGUACGCCGACCGAGCGAAGCAGAUCCGCUGCAACGCCGUCAUCAACGAAGACCCGAACAACCGGUUAGUGCGCGAGCUGAAGGAGGAAGUGGCUCGACUGAAGGACCUCCUCUAUGCCCAGGGUCUUGGGGACAUCAUUGAAACAUAUCGCGCGACCGGGCCUGGAGUAGCGGCUCUGAAAUUGACCAAUGCCAUGACAGGGAUGAGUCCGUCCCCGUCUCUUUCGGCCCUGUCCAGCCGGGCCGGCUCCAUCAGCAGCCUGCACGACCGCAUCAUGUUCAGCCCCGGCAGUGAGGAGGCCAUCGAGAGGCUGAAGGAAACAGAGAAGAUCAUAGCAGAGCUCAACGAGACCUGGGAGGAGAAGCUGCGGCGUACGGAGGCCAUCAGGAUGGAGAGGGAGGCUCUUUUGGCUGAAAUGGGAGUGGCCAUGAGGGAGGAUGGAGGCACGGUGGGAGUGUUCUCUCCCAAAAAGACGCCUCACCUGGUCAACCUGAACGAAGACCCACUGAUGUCCGAGUGCCUACUGUACUACAUCAAAGACGGCAUCACCAAGGUCGGCCGUGAGGACGCCAGCUGUAGGCAAGACAUUGUCCUGAGCGGUCACUUUAUUAAAGAAGAGCACUGUAUCUUCACCAGUAGCACCAGCCCGUCAGGCGAGGGCGUGGUUGUUCUGGAGCCUUGCAAGGACGCCGAGACCUACGUUAACGGCAAGAAAGUGACAGAGCCCACCGUGCUCAGAUCAGGGAACCGUAUCAUCAUGGGGAAGAGCCAUGUGUUCCGCUUUAAUGACCCAGAGCAGGCGAGGCAGGAGCGGGAGCGCACCCCCUGCGCUGAGACGCCCGUAGAGCCUGUGGACUGGGCCUUCGCCCAGAGAGAGCUGCUGGAGAAACAGGGCAUAGACAUGAAACAGGAAAUGGAGCAGAGAUUGCAGGAGCUUGAGGAUCAGUACCGCAGAGAGAGAGAAGAAGCAAGCAACCUUCUUGAGCAGCAAAGACUGGACUAUGAGAGCAAGCUGGAGGCUCUUCAGAGGCAGGUUGACUCCCGGUAUUACCCAGAGACCACAGAGGAGGAAGAGGAACCAGAGGAAGAGGCAGUUGCCUGGACCAAGCGGGAGACUGAGCUGGCGCUCUGGGCUUUCCGGAAAUGGCGCUUCUACCAGUUCACCUCUCUGCGAGACCUGCUGUGGGGCAAUGCCAUCUUCCUCAAAGAGGCCAACGCCAUCAGCGUCGAGCUGAAGAAGAAGGUUCAGUUCCAGUUUGUGCUGCUGACAGACACACUCUACUCUCCACUCCCUCCUGAUCUCCUGCCCCCCAGUGUAGCUAAGGACCGAGAGAAAAGACCCUUCCCUCGUACCAUCGUAGCAGUGGAGGUUCAGGACCAGAAAAAUGGAGCCACACACUACUGGACCUUAGAGAAGCUGAGACAGAGGCUGGACCUGAUGAGAGAAAUGUACGAUCGUGCCGCAGAAGUCCCCAGCAGUGCCAUGGAGGACUGUGACCACACGCUAACCGGCGGUGACCCUUUCUACGACCGCUUCCCCUGGUUCCGUCUCGUAGGCCGCACCCCCAUUCUGAACACGUGCAUGAGCGAGCGCAUGAGAGACCCCACCCCCUCCCCCACCCUCUCCGACCCCGAGUCUGACAUAACCGAGCUCGCAGACGAGCGGCAUUAUGGGAAGGUGGAGGAGGAGUUGGAGGAGGAGUUGGAGGACCUGGACCCUGAGAUCUUUGCAGAGGACGGGGGCUCAGAGCCGCAGGAGGGGCCGCGGUGCCCCCAAGCCAGCGAAGGCCAGGACCCCUUUUACGACCGCUGGCCUCUGUUCAGUUUAGUGGGAAGGGCGUUCGUGUAUUUGAGCAACCUGCUGUAUCCUGUACCGCUGGUGCACCGGGUGGCCAUAGUGAGCGAGAAGGGCGAGGUGAAAGGCUUCCUGCGGGUGGCGGUGCAGGCCAUCUCAGCUGAUGAAGAAGCUCCAGACUACGGCUCAGGUGUUCGGCAGUCAGGAACCGCAAAGAUCUCCUUCGAGGACCAGCAGUUUGAGAAGUUUCAGACGGACUCUUGCUCCGGGGGGAUGUCCCACUCCAACACAUCGCAGGAGGAGCUGCGGAUUGUAGAGGGAGAGGGACAAAACUCUGAAAUAAGUCUCUCAGCUGACGAGGUCAACAACAACACCUGCACAGAUAGUCCUGAUGUUCCUGGCAGUCCUGUGAAAACUCUGGAGGUCUCGGGGGACACAAUGCAGGACAAAGUGUUCCAGCACCUGAAGAUUGGCAGCACCUUUACCUUCAGAGUGACCGUCCUGCAGGCGUCCAGCAUCUCCGCCGAAUACGCAGACAUAUUCUGCCAGUUCAACUUCAUCCACAGGCAUGACGAGGCUUUCUCCACCGAACCCUUGAAGAACACAGGCAGGGGACCUCCACUGGGGUUCUACCACGUCCAGAAUAUCACGGUUGAGGUCACCAAGUCUUUUGUGGAGUACAUCAAGAGUCAGCCCAUAGUUUUUGAGGUAUUCGGGCACUACCAGAAGCAGCCCUUCCCUCCUCUCUGUAAAGAUCUCAUCAGUCCUCUACGCCCGUCCAGAAGGCAGUUCCCCCGGGUGAUGCCUUUAUCCAAACCAGUGCCUGCCACCAAACUGAGUGCAAUGACCCGCUCUUCUGCUGGACCAUGCCACUGCAAAUACGACCUCAUGGCUUUCUUUGAGAUCUGUGAGCUCGAAGCUAAUGGAGACUACAUCCCAGCUGUGGUUGAUCACAGAGGAGGAAUGCCCUGCCACGGGACAUUCCUACUGCACCAGGGCAUCCAAAGGAGAAUCACAGUGACGAUAGCCCAUGAAACGGGCAGUGACAUUGAAUGGAAGGAGGUUAAGGAGCUGGUUAUCGGACGGAUCCGUAACACACCCGAGGCAGACGAGACCAUCAUCGACCCCAACAUCCUGUCCCUCAACAUCCUGUCUGCUGGCUACAUAAGGCCCUCUUAUGAUGACAGUGUGUCCUUGGGAAUUGACCAUAGGACGUUUUACCGCUUCGAGGCGGCGUGGGACAGCUCCAUGCACAAUUCUCUUCUGCUGAACCGGGUCACACCUUACGGAGAGAAAAUCUACAUCACCCUCUCGGCGUACCUGGAGAUGGAGAACUGCUCUCAGCCUACGGUCAUCACCAAGGACUUCUGCAUGGUGUUCUAUUCCAGGGAUGCAAAGCUUCCCGCGUCCCGGUCCAUCCGCAACCUCUUCAGCACCGGAGUCCUCAGACCCUCCGAGAGUAAUCGUGUGACUGGAGUUUAUGAGCUCAGUCUGUGUCACCUGGCAGAUGCUGGGAGUCCAGGCAUGCAGAGGAGGCGUAGACGGGUGCUGGACACCUCAGUGGCGUACGUCCGUGGGGAGGAGAACCUGGCCGGCUGGAGGCCACGCAGUGACAGCCUGAUCCUAGACCAUCAGUGGGAGCUGGAGAAGCUCAGUCUCCUGCAGGAGGUUGAGAAGACGAGGCACUACCUGCUGUUGAGAGAGAAGCUGGAAGCCUCUCUGCUGUUUGGUCAAGACACUCUGUGCAGUAAAGACUUGAUGGAGUCGCCCAAAGCGCUCAGUCCCUGCCUCAACCCAGCAGGCGGCCUGGGCCUGGACAGCCCCAACGAAAGGCAGAAGGAGCUGGCUGCCAAGUGUCUGCGACUGCUCAUGCACACCUUCAACAGGCAGUACAGCCAGGUGAGCAGCAGUGCCAGUGAGAGCAAGCUGUCAGAGAUGUCGGCAUCCCUGCUGAGAGACGGCUCCUCCUCCACUCUGAGCACACUGACUCCCUCUACUACCUGCCCGUCACUGGUGGAAGGUCACUAUAGCAACCCUGACCUCAGAAGUGCAGAGGUUCACUCUGGGGCCUCCAGCCCUGAUCUGGAUCCGUUCAGCCCUGAGGAGAGAAAGCCCCGGACCUGCACCUUCGUCCCCAACAUCCAGGAGAUCCGUGUUAGUCCCAUCGUGUCAAAGAAAGGUUACCUGCACUUUCUGGAGCCGCACACGUCUGGCUGGGUGAAGCGCUAUGUGGUGGUCCGGCGGCCCUAUGUCUACCUGUACCGCAGCGAGAGGGACAGCGUGGAGAGAGCCGUCAUUAACCUGUCUUCUGCACAGGUGGAGUACAACGAGGACCAGCAGACCAUCCUGAGGGCUCCAAACACAUUUGCCGUUUGCACUGAGCACCGUGGCAUUCUCCUCCAGGCCAGCAAUGACAAAGAAAUGCACGACUGGCUGUACGCCUUCAACCCACUGCUGGCUGGAACCAUCAGGUCUAAGCUCUCCAGGAAAAAAUCAGCUCAGACGAGGAUGUGAGGAAAGAACAACAUCCUGUGAUAAAAAUGGAAACCCGACAGGCUCCUGUGGUGUAAAUAGAUCAUGUGAAGAGCGCCCCCUGCCUGCCACCCUCAAUACUGCCUCCUGCCUGUCUCCCUCCAACCACUGUAUGUGUGUGUGGUGUGAGUGUGUAUGAGCACAUGGGUGUGUGCACGUAUGUGUGUGUGUCAAACCUGCUUUAGCAAAGUGGUAACUUUGUCAGUUCAUAAGUACUGUAACUCUCCAUAAUUCAACCCCUUAGACUACUUAUUAGCUUAUUAGUGAUUAUUAUAGGAAACAGCAUCAUACAAAAGCCCCCAUUUUAAAAUGUAAAGAGUUUAGCCGCUGUGUAAAACGCACCGCCGUGCUCUGCCUAUGUAUGUGCUUCUGCAGGUUAGAUGUCCAGUGCUUUUUCCCUGAGCUUCUGUAGAGUCCUGUUGUUUUGAUCGCACUAUUGCACUGCGAGACAGUACAGAGCUGCUUUGUUACUAAGCUUUUUUAUGUUUUGGGUGGAGUAGGACUAGAUACAGUGGCGUGAAGGUUCAGCCUGAACGAGGAUCUGCCAUCAAGAAAACAAUCAAGUCCAAAAAAGAAGCGUCUUAAACUUUUACCAUCAUUAUUAACAGAGUUUAAUAUGUAACAUCUUUUUUUUAAAUUUAUAUUAUGCUUCAUGUUUAUUUAUUCACUAAUCUUAAUAUAUUUUAAACAGUUUUUUUCAGUUUAAGAAGACGUUUUCCACAUUGCACUUUUGAAUCUGAUCUUUGAUCAUUCAUCAAGCCUGAUACACUUUAUUUGUUAGUUAAAUUAAUUAAUAAGUUAAUUUGCACAAGAACUUUUGGCUGCUAAACUCUGAUUUCAUUGUUUUAGUUUAUGCACAUUCAUAACACUGACAAAUUGAAAGUAGGUUACAGCAUCUGGACAAAGAGGGAUUUAGAGUUAUAUUGCAUUUAACAAUUAAUAGCUAAGUUAUAAAAUUGUCAGAAAUAUAUUUAUGGCAUAACUCUUGCAAUACUGGGUUUGCAUUUACUUUCAGAGCAGGUUAUCAUUGAUGGCAGACGUGUUUACUGCAUUCUUGGCUUUUACACAGACGCUGCAGGUCGUAUCUACCUUUGCUGAAGGAAAUAAUUGAGAUGAUCUCUCACCUGAUGCAACAAUUGGCCCUGAGCCUUUUUCUAGAUCCAAUUUCAGUGUUACAGUUUUGGAAUGAGAAACCCACGUUUCCCUCUGAAUACAUGCAGCAAGUCCUACCUAAGCAGGCAGUUCUAUUUAAACCAAACUGAAAAUGACUUAUUGCACCAGGGGGUUCACCAGGAGGUGUGAGGAUGGAACUCACGACCCUAAUGUUAGUAGUCGGGAGCGCCAGGGGCAUGAACCACCUGGUGGACGCUAGAGGACAGCCUUAAGUGCAGAGCAACAGAGGGUCGGGAACAAAGGUGAAACUCAGAAAAGAAAUAAAAGACACUAAAAGCCAGGAAAUCAAACUAUAAAGGGAGAAUGAAUUAAAAGGGGAACGCAAUAACCAAGGAAAGUAACUGGUCACAGGGGAAUGUUGAACCCUCAAAAAGGGGAUAAUGUCCAUGCUGACUAAAGACUUAAAAGGAUGACCCACACUACGAGCUCCCCAAAACUGAAUCCAAAAAACUCCCUUCUUUAAUCGCACCCUCACCUCUCCCUAAAGUGAGACUCACUCGAGACUUUUUUUAUAUACUUACGGUGGAGAACAAUUUGAGAAAAGCAACGACUCGAAACUCGAGACAGAUACCGAGGUUACUGGCUGAGUCAGAGCAACGUGCCCAUUGCCCCCUGAACUCAAGACUGAGCAGCGAGCAGCGUGUAAGCACCCCUUAAGUAGGGUGCCCACAGCUGCUACCGCACAGCCCUAAUUACUCAGUCCUGACCCUUCCGCCUCUUCUAGUGGCCGGAGGUGGCCUGGCAGAUUGCCUGGACGUUACAUUUAUUUAACGCAGCUUGUGUUUAGCUUUAAGAAUGAAGACCAUUUCUGCCAUUUAUGGUCCUUUAACUUGCCUCUGGAAUGAAAUGAACUGAUAAACAGAAAGAAAUGUGAUGAUGUGAAGAUUAUAGCUACAUAUCAUAGACGUCCCGCCACAGGCUCUUGCAUUGAGCGUGUUGAUCCAACUAAAACCUGCUUGUGUUGUAGCACAGUGGUGGAGAAUGACCAGCCAGUCAUUUCUAUGUUUGUUGCGGAGUAAUAACACUGCUAGGUUGUACGCCUUGGGCCAGCCAACCCACAGAGCUCUAACCUAAAAACCACAGACACAAGCAGGUUUUAAAGUGACUGGAAAACUCUCUGUCGCCGGUGUCAAUACACUGCAGUGCAAACAUAGCCUACUUCAGCAAGAUCUUCAUUUGUGCACUCAGAAAUGAGAAGAUGAGUUGUUCAGUGCGAAAGGCCUUCUGGCGAUGCCUCUCGGUGCUCCGAUCAAGUACUGUCCAUUCCUUUUUUUUUGUCCAUUUGAUAAAGCUAUAUGUGACGGCAUGCUGUAUAUAGUUAUUCGACUGUUUGAAUCUAAUGCAUCGAAGCUCAUUUACCUCCGUACAGUAUAUCAGUAGCAUUUACAUAAGAAUACUAGUUAGGACAUACUGUAUUGUAUUAUUUUGUCGGACUGAGGAAACACCAUGACUCAUGCACGCAAACCCUCGAACUGCUCUCGACAGAAAGGAUGCAGGAGUGCAGUAUAUCAGAAUAUUACCGUACAUCAACAUACGUCACAUACUGUAACAAACAGGACAUCUGGAGAUUGUUGUUAAAUACUGUAAGUGGUCUCUCUCUCUCUCUCUCUCUCUCUCUCUCUCUCUCUCUCUCUCUCUCUCUCUCUGUUUCUCUCUAUAUAUCUUUCUCCUCCUCUCACUGGACUCUGUUAAUACUGCAUUUCAAAAAAACAUCUAGAACAUCCUUCAUUCCUGGGCUCAUUCAUUCAGAUCUUGCAGUAUGAAUCAACACUCCAGGGCACGUCCUGCCAACUAAAGCGCAUCUACUGUAACUGCUUCGACAUUUCCGCCGUGUAUAUAAACCAAACUGUGGACGGUCUGGUACGUAACCUCUUUAUACCGUGAGUGGAUAGGCCGUAGUGUACUCAGUGCUCAAGUUCUUUGAGUGUUGGACCUGUGUCUCCUAAUGUCUGUGGACACUUAACACUUUGUUGGACGUGAAAUAAAUGUGCGACACUGUCAUAAA